AUGUCUUUGAAAUCGUUUAUUCUGAUUUCAGCAGAUAGCGUUAGAACUAGGCACAGUUCUUACACAAACAGUUGCCCUUCAGCAUCUGUAGACACAAGAACUUUUUCAAAAUCCGAUGUCAACGUUACUUUACCGUUUAACAGCCAAAAUGCACUUAAGAGCGAUAUUUUUCUCAUAAAGGAUAGUUGCGAAGAAUAUUACAAACGAUACGAAUAUGAUGAAAUGCCAGUUAAAGAACACAGUUCUAAUGAUAAUUCGUAUAAAGAGGAUCGUAUGUCUGGCGAUACAAAGGAUUCGAUUACUAAUUCUGAUCUUGAUAAUUUAGAAACAAAAGUAUUUGAGAAAAAGUCACCGGAAUUGCAAACGGACGGCAUGUCUUCCGAAGGCCUCGACUCAAAUAUAAAACUAUUCAGAUCAACUGUACGGGAAAUCUUCGAUAAGUUUUACAGUAGCAUGAAAGAUUAUGAAAUCUACAAAAAGAAAUAUAAUGAAAUUCUCACAAGGAAUGACGAUUCCAUAGUCGAAAUGGAAGAUUUUAUAAAGAACAUGAUCCAAAAUAUACUUUCAACGUCCGAAACAGAAGUUAAUAGGGAUUAUAUUUUAGAAAACGACUUAACAUCUAAAGACUCAAUCGCUGUGGAGACGUAUAAGAACGAGAACUAUUCCACCGAGUCUGCGGAAGAUAGUUCAAAUAACAGAGGAAAUAGCAAGAAAGAAGAAACACUUAACAUUUAUCUUUUCAGCGUAUCGCCAUACGUAGCUAUAAAAAUGAACAACCGUAGUCAACUAUCCGAGAUUAAUAUUCGAGAUUCGAGCGUAGACGGAUUAGAAGGGCAGCUCGCGUCGGCCGAGAACAUAAAAAAGAUAGCAGCAAAGAAACGGCAAUUAGAAAAAUAUAUAACGCAACACCAUGCGCAAUCGCACGAUCGAACUAUACCAGUGAAGAUAUCGAAUCCAAAAAAAGACAUCUCAUUAAACGAAGAUUUCAUUUUUGAAAGCCAAGAAAAUAGAUCAUUCAUGUCGAAAAUAUGCAACUAUCUCUGUAAACGCUUUAGAAAAAGUACCUUCUAA